AUGCUAGCGUCCACAAGGCGACGCUUCCUCGGCACCAAGCAAAACUGCCUACCGGCGGCCUACUACCGCGGCGGCACAUCAAGAGCCGUCUUCUUCAAAGAAGAGGAUCUCCCCACCGACCGCAAAGACUGGGCUCCCAUCUUCCGCGGCGUCAUCGGCAGUCCUGAUCCAUACGGUCGACAACUUGAUGGACUAGGCGGCGGUAUCUCCAGUCUCUCCAAGGUAUGCGUAGUGGGCAAGUCCACGCACCGCAACGCGGAUGUAGACUAUACAUUCGUGUCCCUGGGGAUCAAAAACACCGACGUCGAUUACUCGAGUAACUGCGGCAACAUGAUUAGUGCCGUGGGGCCAUUUGCCGUGGAUUCACAGCUAUUUCGUUUACCACGGGCAGACAUUGAAUCUGCCUCGGUGCGGAUUCACAAUACCAACACCGGGAAGAUUAUUCACUCCUCGUUUCCCGUGGUAGACGGGGAAGCAGCUUCGAGUGGAGACUUUUCUAUCGAUGGAGUCGCGGGAACUGCGGCCAGAGUGCAGUUGGAUUUCAUCAAUCCUGCUGGUUCCGUGACGGGCAAGUUGCUACCAACGGGGAAUCCCACGGAUACGCUCGAUGGGAUUCCUGCGACGUGCAUCGAUGCAGCGAAUCCGUGUGUUUUCGUUCGAGCCAGUGACCUCAAAGUGGAUGGAAAUUUGACACCAGAUGAGAUCGCUACUCACCCUACCCUCCUGGCUCGAUUGGAUUCGAUUCGUCGUCAGGCGGGUGUCAAGAUGGGUCUUGCUUCCACGACUGACGCCGUGCCCGGCAGUGUACCCAAGAUCUGUCUCGUAGCCGUCCCCUCGGCUGCUGGUGGACGAGAUGUGGGGCAGAAGCAGACAUCGACAGAGAUCGACCUUCUGGCUCGUGCGCUUUCCGUUGGUCAGCCGCAUAAAGCAGUUCCCAUUACGGUGGCGCUUGCACUCGCUGCGGCUGUGAGAGUGCCUGGGAGUACGGUGAACGAGGUCGUGGGGGGAAAGAACCCGGUUGAUCAUGCAGGCAUCACGAUCGGUCAUGCGAGUGGCAAUCUGUUGGUUGGCGCUGAUUUCGAUGCGGAUGGAGUGUUGACUUCGGCGACGGUCUUUCGCACUGCGCGGCGGCUUUUCGAAGGGAAGAUCUUCUGGAAGAACGAGGGAGAUCUCAAUAGCGUGAGUGAGUCCGACUAG